AUGUGGAACUCCAAAUAUUAAUAUCCACCCCUCAAAGGGUAAAAGCGGGCUGUAGAUAUCCGUCACGCCGAGGGCAAUAUGGACGUUUCACCUCUAAUCAUGCUCCUAGGAGGCUAGGACGCCAGUAAUCUCUCUCCUCAAACCUCUAUCUUCCAAAGCUCCGGUCUUUCCCCCGUUUUCCUUCUCAUUUUCUCGCCAUCCAAACACCACCGCGAGCUUACGGACCGACCCAGCAACGCCUCCGGAGUUUUCAGUUAGAGAGAGAAAGGCGCGGUGGAUUUAGAGCGAGAAACAAUCAGACAUUGUUGGUCUUCGAGCAAGAGAUGGCUUUGAGGCGCCUGAUCACUCAGGUUUCAAGGCAUCGAUCAGAGUUGGGACAACUGACAAAAGUGGUUACCAGAACUUAUCAUCCUACCAACAGGUUAGGAGGAGGUGCCGGAGGGAAUAAGUUUUUAAGUACUCAAGAAAGAUUCAAGUCCAGUUAUGUUGCCAAUUUCGGCCGUAGAGUACGCGAUACCGAUGAAGCUAGUGAAAUUUCCUAUCUAAAAGAACUUUACCAUCGGAGUGAUUAUGAAGCAGUGAUAAGAGCAUUUGAAAGUCAACCUUCAUUACAUUCUAACCCUUCAGCACUUUCUGAAUAUGUGAAAGCAUUAGUGAGAGUUGGCAGGCUGGAUGACAGUGGGUUACUCAAGACAUUGCAGAGAGGUGUUGCUAACUCUGCAAGGGAAGAAGAAAGCAUUGCCAGCUUCUCAGUUCUCAAGAAUUUUGGAAAAACAACGAAAGAAGGUAUUCUUGGAACUGCAAGUGCUCCUAUUCAUAUGGUGGCUACAGAAGGAGGUCAGUUUAAAGAGCAGCUGUGGCGUACAAUUCGCUCUAUCGCACUGGCCUUUCUUUUGAUAUCUGGUAUAGGAGCACUCAUUGAGGAUAAAGGAAUAAGCAAAGGACUCGGACUAAAUGAGGAGGUUCAACCUAUUGUGGAAUCAAGCACAAAAUUUAGUGAUGUAAAGGGUGUUGAUGAGGCUAAAUCUGAGUUAGAGGAAAUUGUUUACUAUCUUCGAGAUCCUAAGCGUUUCACUCGUCUAGGUGGCAAGCUCCCAAAAGGUGUUUUGCUUGUUGGUCCACCUGGCACUGGGAAAACCAUGUUAGCAAGAGCCAUUGCUGGAGAAGCUGGGGUACCUUUCUUUUCAUGCAGCGGCAGUGAGUUUGAAGAGAUGUUUGUUGGUGUAGGUGCUCGAAGGGUGAGGGAUCUUUUCUCGGCUGCAAAGAAGCAAUCACCUUGUAUAAUAUUCAUUGAUGAGAUAGACGUAAUAGGAGGAAGCCGAAACCCAAUGGAUCAGAAGUACAUGAAGAUGACCCUCAAUCAGUUACUUGUCGAACUUGAUGGUUUUAAACAAAAUGAAGGGAUUAUUGUCAUUGCUGCUACUAAUUUCCCAGAGUCUCUGGACAAGGCAUUGGUGAGACCUGGGCGGUUUGAUCGGCACAUUGUUGUCCCUAAUCCUGAUGUUGAAGGGCGAAGGCAGAUUAUGGAAGCCCACAUGUCGAAGGUUCUGAAGGCCAAUGACGUUGAUUUGAGUAUUAUUGCCAGAGGAACUCCGGGGUUCUCCGGAGCUGAUCUUGCGAACUUGAUCAACAUUGCUGCUCUGAAAGCUGCCAUGGACGGUGCUAAAGCAGUGAACAUGGCUGAUCUUGAAUAUGCAAAAGACAAAAUUAUGAUGGGAAGCGAACGCAAGUCAGCUGUUAUAUCUGAUGAGUCAAGAAAGGUAACAGCUUUUCAUGAGGGUGGCCAUGCACUUGUAGCAAUCCACACUGAUGGUGCUCAUCCAGUUCACAAGGCAACAAUAGUUCCUAGGGGUAUGGCACUUGGCAUGGUUAUGCAGCUACCUGACAAGGACCAGACAAGUGUCUCCCGGAAACAGAUGCUUGCACGGCUCGACGUUUGUAUGGGGGGGCGUGUUGCAGAAGAGCUCAUUUUUGGAGAAAGUGAAGUUACUUCGGGUGCAUCAAAUGAUCUCCAGCAAGCAACUUCGCUUGCUAGAGCAAUGGUUACAAAGUACGGCAUGAGCAAACAAGUUGGGCUCGUCAGUCACAAUUACGACGACAAUGGUAAGAGCAUGAGCACAGAAACUAGGCUGCUCAUCGAAGAAGAAGUGAAGUACUUAUUGGAAAGGGCAUACGACAAUGCAAAAACCAUCCUCACCGAACACAGCAAGGAACAUCACGCCCUUGCUAAUGCUUUACUGGAGGAGGAAACACUCACCGGAACUCAGAUCAAAUCCUUGCUCGCACAAGUAAGCUCGCAGCAACAGCAGCAACCGCACCAGCAAGUAGUUGCAGCGAAGAGCAACUCGCAGUCUAAGCCAGUGCCACCCUCCACCCCCAACGCAGCUGCAUCUGCUGCUGCGGCUGCAUCCGCCGCUGCCGCUGCCGCAACUGCUGCGGCCAAGUCAACAGGUAUUGCUCCAGUUGGAUCUUAGAACGGGACAGGUUGAUGAGUCGCGGGCAUCUAUUUAUCCGUGUCAAUGUUCAUAUAGUAAAAUUUUACUCUCAGCAGCCUUUUUGUUCGGGUACCGUAUUACGUUGCUGCAUUGAGGUAUAAUUUGUGUAUCUCCGUAGUCAGAAUAACCGGGAAUGUAGACGAGUUCGAAAUGCAAUGAGUCAGUGUAGGAGUAACAACUCAAAGGCACUGGGGAACAUCCCUUGUCUAUUUUUUAUUUUCACCCUCUCUGAUGGGCUUUGAGUUUGACAAGAUAAUACCUAAUCGGAUUAGGGUUUAGGAGAAGUGAAAAGAUUUCGAAACUAUUACAA